AUGGUAGUCGUCGAUGGAGAACACAACGGAUAUCGCACGGUGAUCCUUCCUCUUGCGGUGACAGAUGCACUAGUGCAGACGGCCGUAUCAUCGACUGCUGCGUCUCACCUAUGGCGACACGACCCCGAACUACGCGAUAAAGCCGAGAGUGAGCGCAUCAAAGUGAUUCAAAUGCUCAAGUCCGCGGCCUCAUCCCACCAAUGCAGCCAGAGGGUGUUUAGUGUUUCCACUUGGGCGACACUACUAGUACUCCUCGUGGGCGAGAUGAUUACCGGACGAGAUGAUUACAGAUACCUUGUUCGAAUGAUAGGCUUAGUCAGGGCCAGCGGGGUGGACGAUAUAGGUUCCGAGACUCGUGGAUUCUUGGAGACCCAGACAGAUACGAAUCACCGCACGCCUUAUACCUGUGGCCGUGGUAGGAGGGACACGAUCGCUCUCGAACAGUUAAGGCGUCUAGUCAAUCCUAUACCACCUGAUGUCUGCGGCGGUCACUCAUUGGUAUGGGUAUACUUUAUCGCCGCGGCCGAGAGCGGUAAUGACGAUGAUGACGAAGGAGAAGCAGGAGCAGAAGAGGGGAAUCGUGCUUUUUUCACAAGCAGACUUCGACACAUCUACGCCGCGACAGGGGCUCGAAAUAUCCCCAUGGGCCUUGCGAUGUUGGACAAGUUAUCGCAUACGCGACAUGUGACAGGGUGGCCGGAUGCUCUUUCGAUGAUCGCUUCUUCCUUCGUUAUGUGA